AUUUUACGGUGACGUUCUAUUACGGCAGCGCAACACAGUUUUACUAUAGCACGUGAAGGCGUCAUAAAACCCGGCGCACAUUACGGUCGGCGGGCGGUCACUUUUAACAGUCCGAAAACCGUCAAUAUAGAUAGAAGAGCUGCGAGUGGCUCAGACAGCAGCAGAGGUCGAGAGCGUUUAUGACACAUGACUCAUGGGGAGAAAACAUUAACUAAAACUAUUUUUAUUGGAAACAUAUUUGAGGUGCUAGAUCUACUGUCACAAUGACCGGAGGCAGCGGUGUCGAGGGAGUUUAAUGCGUUUAACAACCCUGGAUGUUUUUUUCUCUUUUUUUUGGACUUUGAUGAAAAAACCCCAUUAAACUUACUCUGAGAAAACAGCGAGGCUAUUGUCCCUGGGCUGUCAGUGGUGAGUUUUUAUUUCCCAAUUUACAGCUUAAAGCGGGCAUUUAUCAGAUUAACAUCAAGACUUAAUAAAAAAAAAGGAAGGAAGAAAAACGCCACGAAGGCUUAUUGAUUUCUGAACUAAUUAAAGUGGAUCAAGUUCAAUCUUGACUGACUUUAUCUGACUUAAAAUCGAAAGACACCUAAAACUAAGCUGAAGUAAACACUGGAGUUACCUGGAGCAAGGAGCUGAAUGGCCUCUGUUGUAGCAGUGAAAACUGAGAAGCGUCCUGCAGCUGAUUCUCAGGAUGCAGAGUCAAACGCUAAAAAGCCCAGGAAACUGCUGCCCAGCCUGAAGACCAAACGAGCCCCCGAGCUUGUUCUGGUGAUUGGUACGGGGGUGAGCUCUGCAGUGGCUCCGCAGGUUCCUGCUCUUCGCUCUUGGAAGGGGCUUAUACAGGCCCUCCUCGAUGCAGCCAAUGAUUUUGAUCUGCUGGAGGAGGAGGAGAGCCGGCGUUUCCAGAAGCACAUGCAGGAAGAUAAGAAUUUGGUGCAUGUGGCCCAUGACCUCAUUCAGAAACUUUCCCCGAGGACGGGAAAUGUUCGAUCCACGUUCUUCAAAGACUGUCUGUACGAAGUGUUUGACAACUUGGAGUGCAAGAUGGAGCACGCAGGGAAACACCUCUUGCGAUCUGUGCUGCAGUUGAUGGAGAGCGGCGCGUUGGUGCUUACCACCAACUUCGACAACCUGCUGGAGAUCUACGCAGCCCACCAGGGCACCAAGCUGGAGUCUUUAGACCUGACCGAUGAAAAGAAGGUGUUGGAGUGGGCUCAGGAGAAACGGAGGUUAAGCGUUCUGCAUAUUCACGGCGUUUACACUAACCCGUGUGGCAUUGUGCUGCACCCUGCUGGCUACCAGAAUGUACUGAGGAACACUGAGGUUAUGCGUGAGAUCCAGAAGCUGUACGAGACCAAGUCCUUUGUGUUCCUCGGCUGCGGACGCACGGUGGACGACACGACCUUUCAGGCCUUGUUCCUGGAGGCGGUCAAGCACAAGUCAGACCUGGAACACUUCAUGCUUGUGCGGCGGGAAGACGUGGGAGAGUUCAAGAAGCUGCGUGACAACAUGUUGGACAAGGGCAUCAAGGUAAUCUCAUACGGCGACGAGUACGGUGACCUGCCUGAGUACUUUGAGAGGCUGGCCAACGAGAUCUGCAACCGCGACGUCUCUACCAACGGCUGGGGAUCACCUUCACAAAACGCAGAGGAACAGCAGAAUGGCUUCAGCACACAGAAAAACCUCCUACAGGGCUAAGACCAGAUGCAACUCCUUCACUCGGAGAAGAUGCCACUUUCAAGAGACAUUUUCAGAAUAACACAACUUAAACUUGACCCAAAACUCA